CACUGUAGAGGGAAUGGAGUGUCAUUCAGGACGGCCGAUAUGUUUGAUACAUGGCAGAUCUGGUUGCUAAUUAUUCCCUCAGCCUGACAGUAACUGCAGGAAAAGACGGUGGAAAAUGGGCAAGCUACUUGUAGCUGGAUCCUGAUUGAAGGAUGAGCAAACAGUACAGCGAGAUCAGUCCCUCUGAACCGACUGCUGAUGCUUAUACCACAAUUCUUUCCGCCAGGAAAGCCGAGAUCAACUACCAGCACAAGAAUCGCCGCUACAUCCGCAAGGACGGCAACUGCCGAGUCCUGUUCCGCCAUGUUCCCAAAGAGUGGCAAAUGUACAUCACCGACAUCUUCACCACGCUUGUGGAGGUGAGAUGGCGCUUCAUGUUCCUCAUGUUUGCCCUUUCGUAUAUCCUCUCCUGGCUCUUCUUCGGCCUCCUCUACUGGGUGAUAACCCUGGCCAACAGUGACAUGAGCACCCCUUGUGUCUAUGAGGUGAAUGACUUCACUGGGGCUUUCCUGUUCUCACUGGAGACCCAGACCACGAUCGGCUACGGUUUCAGGGGGAUGUCGGAGAACUGCAUGGUGGCCAUUAUUGUCGUCACCGUGCAGGACGUCCUUAGUUGUUUCAUUGACACCUUCGUCAUUGGCAUCGCCGUGGCAAAGAUGGCGUCGGCACGGAGGCGUGCACAGACUGUGGGCUUCAGCAACUGCGCCGUGAUAAACCUGCGGAACGGGCGGUUAUGCCUGUCGUGGCGGAUCGGGGACUUCCGGAGGCAUCACAUGGUGGAGGGGGUGGCUCAAGCUCAAGUCAUCCGCCGCAUCCAGGAAUCGGCAGGCAGGUUGGAUAUCAUCUACAAGGACCUGGAAAUCAAACAAAGUAACAUAAUUUUAGCGAUUCCAACCACCGUCUUCCACAUAAUCGAGCCUGGUAGUCCACUCUACAGCAUGAGCCUGGAGGAUCUUCGGAGAGACGACUUUGAGCUGGUCGUUUCCUUCACCUACACGGAUGACUCAACAGGCAUCCUGCACCAGACCCGCACCUCCUACACACCAGAGGAGAUCCUCUGGGGACAGCUGUUCCAAGAGAUGCUGAUUGUAAACCAGAGGUACUACAAGGUGGAUUACUCCAUGUUCCACCACACGGCUAAAGUCCUGGUACCUGAGGUCAGUGCAGAGGAGUACGAGAAAAUGAAAUGUUGUCGUCUAACAAGUCACUCGCUGCACCCCAUGAACCCGGCAUUCGAUCCCAAACCCCCGAGUGCGAAUGUGGACCUUGUGAACGGCACCACAGAACCUGAGGUACAUGUAGCAACAGUUGCUAUGGACACGUUUUGUGAGGACCACUGAUACUGGUGCAGUCCAAGGAACCCAUUUCUGACAUAGUAGCUGAAGUCAGGCGGUUCGAAUGUUAUCAUUGGAUUGAAUGGGCGAUA